UUUUAUAAUGAACUAGCAGAAAAUGGAAAAAUUAUGGCUAAUUUAAAACCCAAAAGGGGUGCAAUAAACAAAUUAAUAUCAGGGCAAAAAAAUCUAAAUAAAAUUCAAAAAGAUAUUGAAAAGAUGACUGAGAGAUUUAAACUUGUAUUUGGAGAUUGUGCACGUUUUGUGCAUGCAGCAAAUAAAAAAUAUGAGUUAAUUAAAGAAAUUUUAAAUGAAUACUUUGGUUCUAAUAUUAAUAAUUUGGAAAAUUAUGGAAGUAAAAAUAUAGUAAAUGAUGCAGAAAUUAAUGUUGAUCAUGGACAAGGUUAUCUUAUUAGAUGCCUCUUACCUAAGGUUUUUGGUAUUUAA